ACUUGGAAACCAUGUCCAUAUAUUCCAAAUAAAUCCUAGCUAGGAUCAUUGAAUUAGUAGUUCAGGAAAAGACAUGGCUGCCUCUCUACCACCUUCUUUCUAUGGCCUUCGAAGGCUCACUCCUAGAAGCAAGGUCCGUCUAGCCCUGCAAACAAGAGCUCAAAACUCAGCAAAUGAAGGGAAUUCGUCGAUAAGCAUCGUUGAUGCGAACAUGGGUGUGCUCAAAAAGAGGAUGGAGAAGUUGAGAAUGCAGGAGAGAUUGCAAAGGAGGUGCAAAGAUGGCGAGGGCUGGUAUUAUCACAAACAGUAUGAUUGUAGUCUCAAGAGAAGUGCAAAGCUUUCUGAGACCUUGGAGGUUGCAGAACUAGUUGCCGGGACUUUUGGGCUGACCAUUCUCAGCUGUACUUUUUGCCUUUGCCUUGUUUCCUUGAUGGCUCAUUUGGGUAGAUGAGUAUUACGGACUCCAUUAAAUUUGUUUAUUUUUGUUUGUUUUUAGAUGGAAAGUCCAUCACCAAUUCAAUAAGAGAAGGAAAGAAGUAUUAUGUUAAAUUCGUUCUUUAUUUUUUUCUGA